AUGUACCUCAUCGAAGUCAGCGAGGAUCCGCCGCGCCUCUGCACCCUCGAGCUCUCCGGAGACGCAAAGCUUCUGCAGCGCGUGGAGAAGCGCAUCACCAAGCUGCAGCAGGGCGGGGAUGGAUUGGGCAACAGCAGCAACGGCGGUGGUGGUGCGGCUUCUGCCGAAAGCGUUUCCAGUCAAGCGGAGAUAACGCUCGAUAGCAUGUCUUCUCACAUCGCGCGGAUAGAGGCCGCCAUUCGGUCGCACAUCCUGGACAACGAGGAAGACUUCCUCGGCAGCGUCGGCGGCGUCUCGGAGCUUUCCCGCCGCACAGAGGAGUUCAGAGACGGCGUGCGCGAGCUCCGGCGCUCCUUCGCGAGGGUGCAGCGGGAAGUCUCCGAGCCCCACGAGGCCGUCCGCGUCCGCACCCAGCAGCUCAAGAACCUUCAUGAUGCAACCCGGCUGCUCAAGCGGGCGCUCAGGUUUCUCUCCGCCCUCAGGAGGCUACGGGGCCAGGAAGACGUCUUGGGCCUGGAAGCCGCUGCCGCCGCUGCCGCCGCCGGUGGUGCCGCUGGUGGGGGAGGGGUGGGGGCAGCCGGGGGGAGGAGUGCCGGCGGUGCGGGGGGGGGCGCUGCGGACCUUAGGGAGCUUGCCAAGGCCGCGCAGAGCCUGCAGGAGCUGGAGAGCACGCUACGCGACCCCGAGGUUGCCGAGCUCGAGGUUGUCGCGCGGGAGCGGGCAUACGUGGAGGCUUGCGGAGCGGCAGUGCGCAGGAUGUCGGCCGACUCUCUCGCCCGUGGGAUGAAGUCCCUGAACCAGACCGACAUAGGCGGCGCCCUCCAGGUGUUCUUCAACCUGGAAUGCUUGCCCGCAAGGGUGAAGGCGUGCGUGACCCACCUUGCUCAAGAGGCCGACGAGGCGACGUCGGAGGCCCUCCAGCCCGAAGCUCUUGCAGACGCGACCUCGUCUUCGUCGGCGGCGGUGGAGGCGGCGGCGGCCGGUGGUGCCGGCGGCGCGGGGGCCGACCAGCAGCAACAGCGGUCUACGAGUCCCACACCCGGCGGCAUCGGUGGCGGCGGCACGGGCGGCGGCGGCGGCGGCGGGGUUGGACGCCGUUCCCCUGCCACGCGGGACGCCGGCGCUAGGCGUCGCACGGCGAGCAUGCGCGCCCACGCCGGGAAGCUGGCGGCCGCCCUCCACGGCACGUCGAUGGAGGCCUGGGGGCUGCAGCGGGUGCUGGACAAGAAGCGGGACCCGACGACGCGCACUCUGCUCGACGCCACUGUCCGCGCCGACCGGAGCGCCGGCGGACCGGGCGGCCUCAGCCUCCGUGCGGGGGCGUACCGGGCGUACUGGGACGGGUUGUGCCGGGCUGUCAGGGGCUCUGUGGAGCGGGCGCUGGAAGCAGACGGGGCUGUCGGUGGCGGCGGCGGCGGCGGCGGUGUCGCGCUGGUGGCCAUGUACCCGUUCCUGAGGAAGGCGUUCUUGCGCUUGAUCAGCCGGCUGGAGGAAGCGACGGCGGCUCGCCAGCAGCAGCAGCAGCAGCAGCAGGGUUCCGGUGCUGCUAGAGGAGGGGGCGACGGGCUCAUCGCCCCCGGGGGUGGUAGCGGCGCCGCCGCCGCGGCGUUCUGGCAGAGACCGGGAGCAGUCGGGCAGCAGCAACGGCUGGCAGGAGGGAUCCUGGGCGGGUCCCGGUGGCUGGCGCUGGCGCUGGAGGACGACUACAACAACCUGUCGCUGGACCCUUCCGCGGCGGGCGAUGAGGAGCAGGAGCGGCAGUGGGACCGCCGCGGGGCGGAGGCCGGGGCUGGGCCGGCGAGCGGUCGCCGCGUGCUCGGGCUGCGGGGCGGUAAGGGGGGCGGUGGCGAGGGAGGGGCAGGCGGCGACGGUGGGCGCGAUGAUGGUGACAGUAGCGAUGGCGCGAGGCUGCUCGAGGCGCUGGGCCCGCUCCGGGACUUGUUUCUGGCGCGCAGCUUGGAGCGGCUGACGACUCCGGUGGAGCAGAUGUUUCCUCAGUUCGACGGCUACAUGGCCGCGGUGCCCUCCAAGCACGACCUCGCUUCCUUCUUUCGCUCCAUCCAUGCCGAGCUCUCCCUCGCCGUCCCCGCCGGGAGCGUCGGUUCGGCGGCGGCGACGGGGUCUUCGGAGGCUGAAGCAGCGGCCGGCGGCGGCGGGCUGGGCGGGGGCGGGGGGAGCUUGGAGGCGGACUUCAGCCUGCUGCCGAUCCUUCUGAAGGGGGUCGUGCAGGCGGCCAGGCUGUUCUGCACCAAGGUGGAGGCCAUGCAGAGCGUGGAAAAGGGCGCCUACACAUUCGGUGGCGGGAGCAACGCCGCCCUCGGCGGCCGCGCCGGCGGCAGCACCGGCGACGACGACAUGAUGGGGAACGACAUGCCCAGCUCCGCCGUCGCCGCCGCUGCGGCGCCAAUGGAAGCCUGGGCCCCUACCCUCGAGCAGGAGCACAACCUCCAGUUGCUGGAGCUGGUCGUGAAGCUUCGCGAAGCCCUCCUGGGCAUCCCGGCCCUGGUGCUGCCGUCGCCGCCGACCCCGGCGGCGGCGGCGUACGGGGUCGAGUGCCGGGAGCGGGUGGCCAAGGCGGUUCGGGCGCUGGACGACCUGGCUUCGAGGGUGUUCCUGGAGCCGUACCUGAGCGGGGUGGCUCGCGCGCUGGAGGAUAUCGUGUCCAAGAUGCACAGGGAGAAUUUCGGGCCUGGAGUGUCGGCUAUGGCAGCCUCAGAGCACCAUGGCGGCGGCGGCGGGUCUCUUUUCCUGCAUGAGCUGCAACGUGCGCUUGCCGCCCUCCAGGCUGACCACUUCACUCGCAUCGCGGCGCUCCGGACACCCAGCGCAGAGGCGGCCCUGAGAUCGUUGGCGGCGAGGGUCCUCCGCGCGUACGUGACCCACUGCGCCUUGAUCCGCCCGCUGUCCGAGGGGGGAAAGGCCAGGAUGGCGCAAGACAUGGCCACGCUCGAGAUCGCGCUCAGCCCGCUCGCAAGGGUCUCGGAGUUGGGAGCCGUGUACCUCGAGUCUCGGGCUUUCCGGACCCUUCUCUUCGUCGAUGACGCCGACGACGAGGGCGGCGACAGCAACAACCAGGGGGGAGGAGGAGGAGGAAGGGGCAGAGGGAGAGACUCGAGGGGCUUUCGUGGUCAGAAAACAGAUGUGACAGUCUACCGUUCGGGUGCUGCCCCUGAACAUGGCAGGGAGAGGAGGACCCGGUGCUGGCCUAGCACUCAGGCUGACGGACAUGAAAGGAUGGCCGUACACAAAUCACGCGGCAUGUCGCAGCAGGCGUACGUCACCUGGCUCCUAGGCGGGGGUGCGGCGGAGGAGGCCGAAACCCGGGAGAAGGGGAAAGAAGCGGAGGCAGCCGGUGGCGGCGGCGGCGGCGGCGAUAGGGCUAGCGGCGGCAAAGCCUACACCGAAAGGUCUACGCUGUCCCCGGACACGAGCUACAUGGCCGAGGCCGGGGCUUGGUCCGUGGUCCAGGCCUGCCUUGACGAGUAUCACCAGCGGCGCAGCGUCGCCGUCGCCACGGGCAGCGGCAACGCCGACGGCGGGUCGGCGGCGACGGCGGGUUCUACGGAGAUGCUUCCCCGGGCGGUCGGUCUUCUGCCGGAGGCCGGCCCCGCGCUCCUCUCGGCGUACGAGGCUCGCGGGAGUUCGUAG